GGGGCGUCGGUUAGGUAGAUAGCCAUUUUACUUAAACAUGUCCAUGGCUCUCAUCAUCUCUCUGCCAGCCAUCCCAAAAGAAUCUUACUAGCAACAUUUACUCGAAACCUUCCUUACCAGGCUUAGAAAUAUCAUGAGUUCCGGUACCACCGAGUCAAUAGUCCCUGACGGGACUCAACGAGAGGAGCUUCGCCAGAGGUUCGAAAGGGAACCCGUACCCUCUGGAGUGCGUAGAACGUAUUACGGUAGGUAUAGCCCACCAUUCGCCGCCGAUAUGCCACCAAACUACGGAUACGCAUCUCCCGCACCGCCUCCCCCAUACACUCCACCUCCACCAUACACUGGGCCUCUGUACCCUUAUCAGGCGAACCAUACUCAAACAGCACCGCCGGCUAGACCAUACUAUCCUAACGUUAGCUCGAGCCGACAACCUUACCCGGAUCCGCCUCCAGGAUACCACAGUCCGAGAACUCGCCCAACUUGGCCUCAACUAUCAGCACCUCCCAGGGCGCCAAAUGCGCCCCCAGCUCCAGUAGUUCGAUCUCCCAGGAUAGCAAUAACCCCUCAACACUCUGGUUCCGCGGACCCUAACCCGUUUAUGUACCUUCAGCACCACACCUCCGGCAGCCCAUUCGCUACCAACUAUCCCGCUACGCCGGUGGACGGGCACCGACGCAUCGAACCUCCGGCUCCGGCGAACCUAGACAAGCGGCCCGAGACGAUUUCGUUCUGGACAGAGCAAGAGCUCUACCGGUGGAUGGCCGACACAUUCAGGCCCCUUGUAGGCAUCGUAGGACGAAUCGUCCGGGACCAGCUGUACCUUCAAGAGCAGCCCAAGGUCAAAUUCGACAUGUACCCGGUACGAGCCGACGACGCCACCGGCGUGCCUUUGAUGGUACCACAGUCCAUGUCGCGCGCGCCCAUGUUCCAAAUCACGCUGCCGGCUCCCGGCGGCACCAGGGCCGAUCUAAAGAAGGUGCGGGAUGCUCUACACGACGAGUUCGCGACGCACGCCAACGCCUGGCACCGACAGGCCGGGUUCGUGUUCCGGAUCCCGCGGCGGCUGCGGGUAGGACUUUCAGCCGGGGCGAGGAGGUCGUGGGUUCCGCCGUCGUGCGUCUAUAGAUACUCGCGCACCGAGAGGCGCUACGUAGCGCAGUAUAUCUCGCCGGUCCGGGACGAUCUUCGGGAGCUCGAUGCGGCUUUUGUUCAUGGCGAUGAUAGCGACGAUGAUCAGGACGCGCUGGUGAAUGAGAUGUGGAGGGAUGUGCGGAACCGGAGCUACGUUGGGUAUUACCAGGAUACUAACCCCUCUCCCCUGAAGGUCUGCGAACUGAAACGGGACCACGAGUCUGGUUUGACUUCGGAAUCAUGCGACGUUGUGGAGACACAUGGAUGGAGUAACUUCAAAGUUCCUCGUCUUUGCUCGCUUUGUCAUGGCAAGAAGGUUAGCCUCGACAGCCGAAUUAGCAAGGCAAAGUCACUGAUAGCAGACUUAAAGAAGCAACUAAGUGAAAGCUACGGCCAGUGUGUGUUGCAUAUGGACGAGGCUGGGUUAGAUUCUGAGAAGAAGCAGGAAACUACGCCGGUAGUAUCAAAGAAGGCGACCAUAGUGGAGUCGGAUAUUGUUGACGAUACCUCUGAUGAAGCAAUGGAGAAAAUCGACCCUGUCGAGGAGUUCCUCAGAAAGAAGAAACAGGAGAGUUACGCUCAUCUCAUGAUGAUCUCGGAUUAUAACUAUUUAGGCUAG